AGCGAUUCCCCUAUCGUGUACUGUCUUCGCCCUCACCGCCGCCAUUCUUUCUAACCUCUUGUUUUCUUUUGCCGUAUCUGCGACUAUCGGCGAAGCGCUCGCCAAUUGGUCAUUGAGAUACGGAGCGGCUGGCUGCGGGCCGCUGUCCUUGGAUUGGGAAGCCAACCAUCAAUCAGGUUCCGUACCACAAGCAACAAGCACUAGACUCUCUCCGCUUGUCUCCUCUCCUUUCCUUGCUGUCCACUGCCCAAGCGUCCACACGUGUAAUUCCUCACCCAUCGCCUGCGAGCGGCCCAAUUGCACGUCCCUCGCCCGAUCGCGGCGGCACGCUCUACUAUGGCUUCCGAGUCGCGCAUUGAAGGCGCCGUUGAGGCUGCCCGUGAUCCCCGUUCAGACGUUACAGCACAGGCGGCAGAGAACAAAAUGCUACAACAGGCGCGCCUGGGGGGAAGCGCAGCACUCCAAUUCGACCCAAACGCGACACCCGAACAAAAGAGAGCACAGGCGAGAUCGCAUGUCCCUGCCAACUUCCACCACGAGCGAAACCAAUUCGCGACAGCCCUGGUGACUGACGCAGACAUCUCGAACGCUCCCCCUGAAUACGACCUCCCCCCUCCCACGAAAGCUGGCGCCGUAGCAACCCCGCCCGGAUCCCCGACCGCAGGGAAAGCGAACGGCCAUGUGGUCGAGCUCGACGAGCAGGCCCGCUGGGAACGCGUUGGCUGGGCGCCGCAGUUUGGCAUGCCGGGCUCGUUCGAGGACAAGGACGAGAGCACGCUGCUCGACCACCAGACGUGGCUGGAGGAGCGCAUCGACGACAAGUUCUACGGCGACUGGUACCACAACACGGGCGUCAUCAUAUUCGCCUGUCUGAGCACCUGGGUCAUUGGUGUGCUGGGUGGAGGUCUGGGCUGGGUCUUCAUCAUCAUGGCGACCUGCGGCACCUACUACCGCACCUCGAUCCGCCGUGUGCGCCGCAAUGCGCGAGAUGACCUCAAUCGCGAGAUGGCUAAGCAGAAGCUCGAGACGGAUACGGAGAGUCUGGAGUGGAUCAAUAGCUUUCUCGUCAAGUUCUGGCCCAUCUAUGCUCCCGUGCUCUGCGACACCAUUGUGGGCACUGUCGAUCAGGUCCUGUCUACAUCAACACCUGCGUUUCUGGACAGCUUGAGGAUGAAGACUUUUGUUUUGGGAACGAAGCCGCCUCGUUUGGAGCACGUGAAGACACACCCCAAGACAGAGGAUGACAUUGUGCUCAUGGACUGGAAGUUCAGCUUCAACCCCAAUGAUGUCGCCGAUCUUACUGCGAGGCAGAUCAAGAACAAGAUCAACCCGAAGAUUGUACUUGAAAUUCGUAUCGGCAAAGGUCUCGUCAGCAAGGGUCUGGACGUCAUCGUGGAGGACAUGGCCUUUUCCGGUCUCAUGCGUCUCAAGUUCAAGCUGCAGCUCCCCUUUCCUCAUGUUGAGAGAGUCGAAAUGUCUUUCCUGGAGCGCCCGAGCAUCGACUACGUGUGCAAGCCUCUUGGUGGUGAGACAUUCGGAUUCGACAUCAACUUUAUCCCCGGUCUGGAGUCUUUCAUCCAGGAAAUGAUUCACGCUACUCUGGCUCCCAUGAUGUACGACCCGAACGUCUUCCCCAUCGAGAUUGCGAAGAUGCUGGCAGGAAACCCAGUCGAUAUGGCCAUUGGUGUUCUGCAGCUCACUUUCCACGGAGCGCAGGGCCUCAAGAACCCGGACAAGUUCUCUGGUACUCCAGAUCCGUAUGCGACAGUGUCUAUCAACAACCGCAAUGUACUGGCUAAGACGAAGACGGUGCACGAGAACGCUAAUCCCCGCUGGAACGAAACUGUCAAUGUUAUUCUUACUUCACUAAAGGACUCGCUCACUAUCAACAUCUUCGACUACAAUGAUCUUCGCAAGGAUAAGGAACUCGGUACUGCGACAUUUGCGCUGGAUCAGCUCGAAACGAUCACCGACCACGAGAACCUGCAUCUCGAGGUCAUGUCUGGUGGUCGACCACGCGGUAUCCUUCAGGCUGACGUACGCUUCUUCCCAGUUCUCGAGGGCGCCCUGGUCGGCGGAGUUCGGGAACCCGCACCAGAGUCACGCACAGGUAUUGCCAAGUUCACCGUCGAGAUGGCCAAGGAUCUGGAUGGAAGCAAGAGCAUGAUCGGACAGCUGAGCCCAUACGCCGUUCUGCUGCUCAAUGGCCACGAAGUCCACAAGUCGCGCGUCAUGAAGCGAACCAAUCAACCUAUCUGGCCCGACGCUUCGAAGGAAAUCCUCAUCACUGAUCGUAAGAAGACGAAGCUCGGGCUGGUACUCAAAGACGAUCGUGACCUUGCUUCCGACCCUAUCCUUGGAACCUACCAAAUCACCAUCGAUGAUAUGCUCGAGCUCAUGGCCAAGGGGCAUGAGUGGUAUAACCUUGCUGGAACACAGACUGGACGUGCCAAGAUGAAGCUGGAGUGGAAGCCUGUGGCGCUCAAGGGUGGCCCAUCGUCCGGUGGCUACCUCACCCCGAUCGGAGUGAUGAGAUUGCACUUCCAGAGCGCCCGCGAGCUGCGCAACCUCGAGAGUCUGGGCAAGUCUGAUCCGUAUGUCCGCGUUGUGCUUUCUGGUGUGGAGAAGGCGCGAACUGUCACCUUCAAGAACAACUUGAACCCCGAUUGGGAUGAGGUUGUCUAUGUUCCUGUUCACACUGUUCGCGAGAAGAUGACCCUUGAGGUUAUGGACGAGGAGAAUCUCGGCAAAGAUCGCUCCAUCGGCCAUAUCGAACUCUCAGUCGGUGACUACGUCAAGCAGGAUGAGAACGGCGAAUAUGGUGUGUACGAGCAGAGGCAACUCAUCGCUGGGGGGUUGACCGUUGCUGGCCAGUCGUCUACCAAGGGCACGUUGAACUACACUUGCUCGUUCUAUCCCACCUAUCCCACCUGGGACCCCGAGGAGGACGAGGAGGAAGAGGAAGAGAAAACGCCUACCUCCAACGGACUUUCGCGACCUGUUUCAAAUGUGUCCACAAGCACAAACUCUCGUGACCGACCUCUAUCCGGCGCCUCUGCUCCCUUGACACGAUCCGAGACAGCGGGCACUUUCUCCUCGCUCAAAACUCCCGACGCCGACAUUGCCAGGCAACUGGAGAAGAACGAGGCCCUCCAGGAAGAAUCGAUUGCCGAGAAGAAGGAGGUCGAGAAACUGCGACUUACGGCCGACGACCUCCAGCAGUAUGAAUCUGGACUUCUCGUGUUCAAGUUGCAUGAGGGUGAGUUUGCGGAAACGGGUGGCUACGUCGAUAUCCUUAUGGAUGAUAUGGUGUAUGCAAGCUAUUCGAGUGCGAAGAUCAAGAGCAGGCAUAUGACGUUCAAUGAAGUGGGUGACACCAUGGUUCGUGAGCUUGAUUUCUCCAAGAUCACGCUUCGUAUUAUCGAGAAGAUUGACAAGGAUGGCGACGGCGAUGAGGAUCAUGUCAUUGCUAAACUCACAGGAAAUACUGUUGAUACACUGCGAAGAGCCUUGUACACGCCUACACAACUCAGUCUCAGAGACAAGAGUGGUCGUGAGAACAAGAUCACAGUUAGCCUCAAGUACAUUCCCGUCAAGAUGCGCAUCGACCCCAGCGAGUCGUUCAACAAUCAAGGCACACUACGUGUUGAUGUUCUCGACGCUGCGGACUUGCCAGCUGCGGACCGCAACGGCUACUCAGACCCGUUCUGCAAGUUUGUUCUGAAUGAAAAGGAAGUCUUCAAGACGAAAACACAGAAGAAGACGCUACAUCCAGCUUGGAACGAAUACUUCGAAGUCCCCAUCCGGAGUCGUACUGCUGCCGACUUUGUCGUUAAUGUGUUCGACUGGGAUUUCGGUGACAGAUCAGACUUCCUGGGCAAAUCUCACAUCAAUCUGGAGAUCCUCGAGCCGUUCCAGACAAGGGAAGUUACACUAGCACUCGAUGGCAAAUCUGGAGCGAUUCGUCUGAGGAUGCUGUUCAAGCCAGACUACGUCAUGCGCGCUCGCCAAGGCUCGAGCACCUUCUCAGGAACCUUUGCUGUACCCGGGAAAGUCAUCGGCGCACCCGUCAAGGGUGUUGGAAAAGGUGCUGCUCUCGUCGGUGGUGGCGUGGUUCGUGGCGCAUCAUUCCUGGGCCGUGGCUUCAAGCGUAGAAAGAGCCGUGGCGCAUACGGCGAAGAGGAGCUGGACCAGUUGGACGAGAUGCCGCGUCCCAGCCACGACACACCUGCCAUCUCCGUAGAGCCCGACAACACUAUCCCCCCCACAACCCCGAACAACAACCACAACAGGCACAGGAGUUUUGGCGCACAGAGCUUCUCAAGUCGUCUCGGAGAGCCGGCCCAAGGCGAUCACGGCACAGCGAACAUCUCCAUCCUGAGCGCCGAUGGCUUCCCCCCAGGUACAAACGUGCGCGUCUUCGUGCGUCUGGGGAACAGAGACGUGCACAAAACAGAUCACAUUAAGUCGCCCUCCGGCAGCGCUACUUUCGAAAACGAAUCCUUCAAAGUCCCUUGUACCGCGGACUCGUUCUUCAAGGUCGUCGUCAAGGACCACUCGAAGUUUGGCCGCGACGAGGAGCUCGGCGAAGCGAGUUUCACCAUUGACGACCAGGGACAGGGCAGUGAGAAGAACGUCGGUGUCGGCAGGGGGAUGGUCGUCAUCAGGAGUAGCUUCAGUCCAGCUGACGCAGCGAGUGCGGUGGGGAGUGUCAGUCCUAAGGUUGGUAGUGGUGGGAGGAGGGGCUUGUUGGGUAGAGGGAGAAGUCCCGCGCCUGCCUAGAAGGCUGGGAAACUGCUCCACAGGAACAAGAGUCGUGGCGAGGGGGUUUGGCAUGAGGAUGUGUCGUGCUUUGGGUAGAUGGCCUGGAUGGGGUGGGUGAGUGGGCUGGUGGAGGCGUGGGUAUCGAUGUCUUUUCUACCUUUUCCCCUAGCUUCCUUCUUUCUCUGAGAGAGAGAUGGAUGGACGCCCUAAGUAACUACCUACAUACCUGUUCUUAGUAAGAUAAUGUUUUCUACCACUUGAG